AUGAAUAAAUUAUAUUUUGUCUUUAAAUUUUGUACAGAUACUCAAAAGUCAAUCUAUAAACUUGAAAAUGCUCAAAAAUAUAUCUCUGAAUUAGUCUAAAAGACUGAUUGGAUCAGCUUUGCAAUAUCCAAGCAUAUCCCUAAAUAAGUGAGGUAUUCAUUAUUAAUUGAAUAAAGAUAAGAUUAUUUGAACAUCUGUCAAUUUCAUAAUGAAUUAGCGAGAAUUGAAGAAACCUCUAAAGAAAGAUCACUUGGAGUAGGCAAACUAUAAUAUUGGUCAGAUCAAAUUGAUUAAGUAAAAUUUCUAAAGAUAUUGAGAUUUUUUUAGAUAAUCCUUAAAGAGAACCUUUAUCAAUUUGUCUUCAUAACAGUUGUAAAAACAACCCAUUACCAAAAUAUCUUUUUCAAAAAAUGAUAAAUUAUCGCAAAUAAUAAGUAGAGAAGGGAGAAUUUUCAAAUCUUGUAGAUAUGGCUACUGCUGCAGAAGCAAACAGAGGAUCACAAUUUUUAUUGUUUUUGCGAUUAAUGAGGAUGGAUAUAGAAAAUUAAGAUCUAAAAUAAUUAACAGAGUUAUCAGCUUAGGCAGUUGGGAUGACAGAUUAUCUAAGAAGAGUACCAUUCACACUUUAAAAUUAUAAACUUAAUUUACCAGAGGAUAUUAAAUAUAAACAUAGUAUAAAUGUUAGAUCACUUUGGGAUAGAAUUAGGGGUAUUAUUUGAUUUAGAAUUCAAGGUGAACCAAAGGAAGAAUUAUAUGAUGCAGUUUUAGAAGUGGCUGCUUUUGCUAGAACAUAAAUGAUAAGAACUUCAUAAUUUUAGAAUAAGAUUCCACCUUAAUCAUUUAGGGCAUUUUUACAUCUAACACCAACUGAGUAAUAUUUAGAUGAAUUGGAAUAUUAUAAUUUUAAGAUAUUUGAAAAGUAUCAAUUAUAUUUAUAUAAGAGCGAUCAACUAAAAUUCAUAUGUGUAAUUACCUAUAACUCUAUUUAAAACUUGCAGAAAGAUGAAGUAUCUAAGUAAAGAUUACGAAUCGAAAUGAG